CACUAUCAUCACAACACCCUCUCACCCCCUCAUUUCCUCUCAACGAUCGAUACUUGUCAAGAACUCAAAAAAAGAAAAAAAUUAAAAAAAAAAAAAAAACAAAUUAAGUGUGCAAUUUUAAGGAAGUUUAAAAAAAUUAUUAAAUGACAAUUUAUUAAUUAAAUCGACAAUUUUAUUAUUUAAAAAUUAAUACUAUUUACAUGAGCUUAUAAUUAUUAUUUGUGAUAAAUAAUUAAUAUCAUUGACAUUUAUUUUUUUUUUCUUUUUUUCAUUUUUUUUUUUUUUUUCUUCGUUAUUUUGUGCUGAGAGGAUUUAUUGUCAGUUGAGAGUGUUCUUCUAACCUAGAAAAAUAUAAUCUCGGUCAAUAAAAAAAAAAAGAAGGAAGGAGUAAUAAAAAAAAAAAUUUAUAAAUUUUUACAAUUGAUAUUUUAAUUAAUAAAUAUAUAAAAGUAAAAAUUUUUAAAAUGAAAAGAGCUAAUAUUAUUUUGUGAAUAUUUGUUGUUUUUAUUUGAAAAUGGGUAAACAUAUUGAAUAUAUUCGGACAUCAUUAAUAAAACGUUUAAUUAAUUUGUGAAAUGAAGAAAAUUUUAGCAUACAAAAAAAGUGUGAGAGAGAGAAAUGAGGUGGAUAUAAUUCGUAAUAAUACAGAAAAUAUAAUAACACAGACAAAUUCGGUCAAAAUGGCCCCAGGGCCGGACAACAGACAAGAAGAACCUGUCACAAAUGACAGUAAAAAUCAGGAUGACACAACAACAACAACAACAACAUCAUCAUCAUCAUCAACAACAACAACAUCGUCAUCAUUAUCCUCAUCAUCAUCAACAGCAUCAUCAUCAUCUGUAUUAAUGUCAACAACAAAUGAUUUAACUAACAAUAAUAAUCAUGGAAAUGAAAUAAAUACAGUUGAUGGUGUUGAGUUGAACAAUGUUGCUAAUGAUACGACAGUUAUAACUAAUACAGAUAAUUGUACUGAUAAACAGGAAGUUACGACGUUGAAUGAAUGGGAAUUGAAGGCACUUCUUGAUGAAGCCAUAACAUAUACUGGCUCAACUCGUGAUCGUGAAGCAAAAUCAGAUUUAUUCAAGGUACUUUUAGAAAAAGCCCAAGUUGAUGAAACAAAAGAAGGUUCUCAAACAGCUACAAAUUCACGUUCUUCUCAAGUGCCAAGUGCAAGUCGUCGUCGACAUAAACGUGAUUCAGUAUCUGAACGUUUAACUCAUGGUGGUUCAUUACAAAAUUUAACACAACCAAUUAAUUCAGAAUUUGACAGUAGUUUUUCAUAUCUUGCAUCUGGAUCUAGUCAUACAUAUGGUGGAGGUAGAAGAAAAAAUAAUAAAAAACAUACUGGUCCAAGUGUAUCAGCACGUCAAAGAGAAGGUGGUUCAUUACCAUCAAAUGUUAAUACAACACAUAGUCUUGUUUCAUUGACAAAUUUUGAUCUUAUAUUUGAUAAAAAGACAAGUUUUAGUGAAGAACGUGCAGUAUGUGAUUGGGCAAAAGAGGAUAAACCAAAAUCACUUGAUAAACCAGAUAAACCAUCAUGUAGUGGUUCUUUAAAAAAAGAAGAUAAAGAUUUUAAAGAUAAAAAAGACAAUAAUAAUAAACCAACAGAUAAUUCAACUUCUAUCAGUAUAAAUGAUACGGAAAUUUGUAAAAAAUCAUCAAAUAAAAUGUUGGAACCAGAUAUUUCACCACCAGAUAAUCAGGUAGAAUCAAGUUUGUCAACAGACACUGAAAAAAUUGAUAGUGCUGAUUCUGUUAUUGUUGAUGAUAAAAAUAUGGUGAAUGGAAAUGCAGCUACACCUUUAAUUAUUGAUGAACUUAGUGGUGGUGGUGGUGUUGAUGGUGGUGGUAAGGGUGACAGUGUUAUCGACGUUAAUUCUAAUGCUGAAAUAAAAGAAACAUUAGAUUUCUAUAAAUUUGAGAGUGAACAAGAUGGCAUUGAGAUGAAAGUCAUAGAGCCACGUAUGCUAACACAGCUAGUGUCACGUUUACCAUUAGAAACAGUUCAAACACCAGUUGAUAGUGCAAUUGAAUUUCCAUUUGAAAAGUAUGAUCCACCAAAGAUAGCUAAUAAUGAUAAAUCUAUACCAAUAAUGCAUUCAUGUAAUGAUACUGAUACUAGUUUAACAGUUGCUCAUGGAGCAUCACCAGCACAAGGAAAAAAUACAAGUAGUCAAAUAAAUACUGCCAUGACACGUGUAACAUCAUCAACAGUGUUAUCAAAUAAAGAUACAACAACUACAACGACAACAACAACAACAACAUUACCAACACCAACAACAACAACAGCAUCAUCAUCAGCAGCAGCAUCAACAAUUGCUGGUGUUAUUGAAAGAAAAACAUUUGAUGAAAAUGGUAAUUCAUCACUAGGACAAACAAGUUCUGAUCGUAAAAAACCUCGUAGAAAAAAUGAAAAAGGAAUUGUCACAACUUAUAACGCUGAAAAAAUUGCGGGUCAUUUAGAUGUCAAAAGCCUUGAUGAACUUGUUAAUUAUAUUGAAAAUAAAGAUACUAAAGAUACUAAAGAUAAUAAAAAUAUAAAAAAAAGUAAAUUAUCAAAACCAACAGUUAAAGAUAAACCAAAACCAUCAUCAUUAUCAUCAUCACGUGAUACUAAAAGUGAUAUUAAAAAUAAUAUUAAUAAUACAACAUCAACAUCAACAAUUGAAGAUACUACACCAUUGUCAGAUAAAAAUAAUGAAAUAACAACAAUUGAAUUACAAGAUAAUAAUGUUACUGUUACAUCUACAUCUACAGCCAUUGUUGGUACUGUUGAUGAUGUUGGUGUUAGUGUUUCUGUUGCUUCAACUGUAUCAAGUAGUAGUAAUAAUAAUAUUAAUAAUAAUAAUAAUAAUAGUAGUAAUAAUAAUAAUAAAAGUGUUAGUGGUGGUAGUGGUAGUGGUUUACGACGUGUUAAACAAAAAAGUACUGGUGAUACAGAUAUUAAUAUAAAUUAUGAAGAAAAAAUAAAAUCAAUAUAUUCAAGUGAUCCUGGUGUUGAAUAUAAUAAUAAUAAAAAAAUACGUCCAUUAUCAUCACAACGUAAAAAAUCAAGUGUUGAUCCUGAACAAGAUUUCCAACAAGUUGUUAAUAAGAAAAAAAAUAAAAAAACAAGAAGAAGUUCAAGUGGUGAUCGUCCAACAAGUAUGAAUUGUGGUAAUGGUAAUGGAAAUACAAUAAAUCAUACAACAAAUAUGGGUAAUGGUUCAAAUACAUCAACAUAUUUACAAAGAACAAGAAGCUAUAGAAAUCAAACAGAUACAAGAAGAAAAUCAUCAAGUAGUGUACCACCAAGUGAUAAAUCAGAUACAAGUGAUCAUGAAAAUGAUCAUGAUUCAGUUAAUUCAUUUCCCGUAACAUCAAAUACAAAUAAUGAUUUGAAUAAAGUUAAUCAACAAAUAGCAACAUCAUCAUCAUCAUCAUCUGGUACACCACAAACAAGUUAUGCAAAUAUAACUAAAACAACAACAAUAAAUAUAACAAAUGGACAAAAUACAACAACAACAACAACAUCAUCAUCAUCGUCAUCUGGUAAUGUACCAAAUAUAUUAAAUACAGUUAAUUGGCCAACAGUACCAGAUAAAACCUCAUCUGAACCAGAUAAAUCAUCACCAAAAUAUUAUCCACCAUCAAAUGAAUAUACAAAUGAUUGUAAAAUACGUCAUAAAAAUUAUGCAAAUACAAAUGUACGUGAUUUUAGUACAAGUUUAGAAAGUCCAACAUCACCAAUAACAAAUAGUAAAACAAAACAUGCUGAAGCACGUGAAGAAGCAAUUAAUAAAAAUAUGCAACUUAUAAAAUAUGUACGAGAUCAAACUAAUUUAAAUGAUAAUCAAAAUAUUAAAUAUGAUAAUACACCAAGUAGAAAUGUUGAUAAAAAUAAUGCCAAUAAUAAAAUUACAAAUUUACCACCAAAAAAUAAUAAAAAAAUUAAUAUUAAUAAUAAUAAUAAUAAUAUUAAUAAUGAUAGUGAUAAUCAAAUAGAUAAUAUUGUUAAAAAUAAUAAAUUAGAUGUAAUAAUUCAACAGCAUCAACAGCAACAUGAUGCUGAAAAAUCAUCAACUGUUAAAAUUGAUAAAACAAAAUUACCAAAUACUGACAGAGAAGAAAAAAAACCAUUGAUAAAUAAAAUAAACAAUGCAGAUGAACCAAAAGAUGUUUUGAAAAAAAUUGAUUCACAAGUAUCAACAGCAACAACAACACCAGCAACAACACCAGCAACAUCACCACCUAAAAACAAAGCAGUUAUAUUGUUGGAUGAGCAUGCAUUUACUGAACCAACUGGAUGUAACUUUGGCUUUGGUGUUAAUCCUGAUUUUUUAAAGCCUGGUGAAGUUAUUAAUCCUCUGUUAUUACAGCCUAAUGAAAAUAUUAAUCAACAAAUAUCACAGCCUAAUGAAAAUAUUAAUCAACAAAUAUCACAGCCUAGUGAAAAUAUUAAUCAACAAAGAUUACAACCUAGGGAAAAUAAUCAACAAAUGAUACAGCCAAGAGAAAACCAUCAACAAAUGUUACAACCACGAGAAAAUAAUCAACAAAUAUUACAACCAAGAGAAAAUAAUAAUCAACAAAUAUUACAGCCAAGAGAAAAUAAUAAUCAACAAAUAAUACAGCCAAGAGAAAAUGUUAAACGAUCUGAUAAUAAUCGUGGUCAAUAUCCACCAUCAAAUAAAAAUUUUAAAGGACCACAACAACAGCAACAACAACAGCCAUACCACCAACAACGACAACAGCAGCAACCACGACAACAACAACAUCACUAUCAACAACAACAACACCAUCAGCAAUACCAUCAGCAACAGCAGCAACAACAGCAUCAACAACAACAACAACAACAACAACACCACCACCAGCAACAACAACAACAAUAUCGUGAAAGUGGUAUACACAAUCGUCAAAAUUAUAAUGGAUCUCGCCAUCAUCAAGGACAUCAUCCUCCUCAACAAAUUUUUAUGGAACCAACACAACAAUUACUACCAGCUCCAUCACCAUCAACAACUGAUUGUCCAAAAGACAAUUCACCACUAAAUGAUGAUAGUCAAUUGAUACCUGUGACUAUUGGUCCAAGUUUCCCAGAUGCUGAUGUUAAUAAAAAAUUAGCAUCGUUGCAUUUUCAACUGCCUACACUUCAUGAAACACAAAAUGAAAUUGUUCAACAUCAUUUGAAUGCUUGGCAAAAUACAGUUCAACCAAAACGUCCUGAUGACAAAACAACUCCAGUUUACUACAAGGAUGGAGAAGAACAAUAAAAAUUAGGAUUUAUAAAAAAAAAAAUAAUUAAAAACAAUUAUCCUCGCUGAAGACAAUGUGAGUUUCAAGCAUUUUUUUUUUUUUUUUCGUAUGAUUUUCAAGUGACUUUUUCAAGUGCUUCAGUACUUUCUUUUUUUUACUUUUCAUUUUGUUUUUUUUUUUUUUCUUUUUAUAUAUAAUUAUUAUUUUUUUUUUAUUUUUUGAGUAAUUUAAAGUGUAAAAUGUUUAUUUGAUAAAUCAAAAGACUUAAUGGUGAAUUUAAAAGUGGUGUUCAAUAAGUCAUUGUAAUAAAGAAUAUUUUAUUUAUAAAAUUAAAGCAACGAACUUGAUAAAAAAAUUUAGUUUUAAAUAAAAAAAAGUAGACAAAGAGAGAAAAAAAAAAUUAAUGUAAAUACUGUGAAAUCUGAUAUAGUAUUUUCAGAAAUUGAACAAUUUUU